CAGGGGUUCAUUUUCUAAGGGUAGAGACCAAAGUGGAACAUCGUUAUCUGUUGAUCAUCCCUACUUUAUUUUCCACCCAAAAUGAGAAUCAACGAUGGAGAUGGAGAUGGAGAGUCAGAGUUAGAGAAAGUGGAUAAACUUGGCAUCUCGUCAGACUCAAGUUUCCACUUGAGAGCAAACUCUUUACAUGAAGGAAAGACUUGCCUCUGUGCACAAACUUUAUUGGACCAUACUCUGAGCAAAACAUCAGCUUCAAAAUGCCUAAAGAAUUUAUGGACGAGUACCAACCGCUGCUUAUUAAAGGCAUCAAAGAAUCAAAGCAACCAACGUUUCCAAACAAAUCACUUCUACUGGCUGUAUGUGCGGCUUGUAUUGGGGGAACAUUUCAGUAUGGAUACAAUGUAUCUGUCAUCAGUGCACCUACAAUGUAUGUUCAUAAUUUCAUCAACCAAACCUGGAGUGAACGGUACCAAUCAGCCAUCUCUGACCAUGUUCUCACCCUGCUGUGGUCCACAAUUGUGUCUAUGUUCACAGUAGGAGGACUUAUUGGAGUAACAAUCGGUGGGACCAUGUCUAUGAUAUUGGGGAGGAAAGGGGCACUGUUGUCCAAUAAUAUAUUUGCAUUAGUGGCUGCUCUGCUGAUGGGUCUGAGUUACCCUUUGGGAUACUUUGAGUUACUCAUUGUUGGACGUCUUUUCUGUGGAAUAAACGCAGGAAUUGGACUUUGUGUCCAACCUCUGUAUUUGGGGGAAAUAGCUCCAACUUCUCUCCGUGGUGCGAUGGGAACUGGGACUUCUAUUUUCAUCACUGGUGGGAUUUUGACAGGACAAGUGAUUGGCCUCAAAGAGCUCCUGGGCAGAGAAGAGCAUUGGCAUCUCCUGCUUGCUACCACGUGUGUUCCUGCCAUCAUGCAGCUCCUGUUUCUGCCCUGGUUCCCAGAGAGCCCACGCUACCUGUUCAUCGACAAAGGAGAUGAUGCCAGGUGUAAGAAAGCUCUGAAGCAGCUGCACGGAGGAGUUGGCUGUAUUGGUGAAUUGGAAGAAAUAGAGAAAGAGAGAAAUAAUUUUGUAGGUUUCAAAGCAAAGAAACCCUGGGAGCUCUUCACUGAUCGUACUAUUCGCUGGCAGCUUCUCACCAUCUUGCUGCUCAACGCUGCACAGCAGCUGAACGGCAUCAAUGCUAUUUAUUUUUAUGCAGAUUACUUGUUCAAACAAGCUGGUAUCCCUGCUGAGAAGAUACCAUAUGUGACCAUUGGCACUGGUGCUUGUGAGUGUGUCACGGCUUUAACAUGUGGUCUGCUCAUUGACCGUCUGGGAAGGAAAGUGCUCAUCGCAGGAGGAUACACACUGAUGAGUGUCUGCUGCGUUUUGAUCACACUUACACUCACUUUUCAGGAGGCCAACCCAAUCGUUCCAUACUUGAGUAUGGCGUGUGUGUUUGCUUUUAUUUUGAGUUUUGGUCUAGGACCAGGUGGUGUGACAAACAUCUUGACCGCUGAACUGUUUACACAAAGCACACGCCCUGCUGCAUAUAUUAUCUCAGGGUCACUCAACUGGUUCAGCUUCUUCUUCAUUGGCUUGGCCUUCCCUUUUAUUGUGAUCGGACUUAAGCAGUACUGUUUCCUCGUGUUCUUGGUCAUCAGUGCCUCAGUGGCCACUUACAUUUGCCUGGUUGUUCCUGAAACCAAAAACAAAACAUUCCUUGAAAUCGAGACCGCAUUCCAGUCCAACAACCACAAGAAGGCGAAUGGAAUGGAUGGAGCAGGAGCAGUUUUGUUAUCAACUUCUAUUUGAAGUACAAGCUGUGACUCAGGGGUCAUACAUUAAUAUUUUUAUCUUUAUAUAGAGUUUACUUGUAUCACAAAGACCAGUAAUAUACUUUAGAACAUGUAGCAUGAUAAUAAAGGUGCUUUAAGUUAUGGACCUUGC